GUCCUUACUAUAUAACACACGUGCAUGUAGAAUAGAAAUGGCGGUCAACAUGAGAGUCGAAUGAGUGAAGAAACGUUUGCUAUUAUACCACGUUCACAUAUUAGUUCGUCACAGUUGUUGUUUGUAACGCUGUUAUUGGUGUUUAACAAAGUGCACUGACUGCCAUGGGUCGCUGACGAUAGUUUAUUCGACUUUCAAUUGGAAAACUGAGCGACCACGCUGCCGCUGUUUGCUAAGCUUUAAACAUGGAAGCCACCAAUGGUUGGUUGGAGUUGGAAGAUGGGACGCGGUUUCCCGGUUUCAUUUUCGGGGCCAAGACGAGCGUUCCUGGAGAAGUAGGUAGUUUUUCAGACUGGAAUGGUGGGAUAUCCUGAGUCGUUGACUGAUCCUUCCUACAGUAAGCAGAUACUUAUCCUGACCUAUCCCUUGAUUGGGAACUAUGGGAUACCUGCAGAGGAGAAAGAUGAGUUCGGGCUCACUGAAUGGUUCGAGUCUGCUAAAAUCCAUGUUGCCGGGCUUAUUGUAGGGGAUGUGACGGAAAAAUAUAGUCACUGGUCCGCAGUAAAAUCACUUUCUAAAUGGCUCAGCGAAUUCAACGUCCCUGGACUGUAUGGUUUAGAUACGAGGUCUCUGACCAAGAAAAUACGUGAGAAGGGAACAAUGCUUGGGAAGAUUGUUGUGGAAGGAAUGAAAAGUUCCGAUGUCCCACUGAUAGAUCCAAACAAGAUUAACCUAGUGUCUGAAGUCUCCCUAAAGGAACCAGUUGUGUACAAUCCUAAGGGAGAACUAACCAUUCUAGCCGUGGACUGUGGAAUCAAGUACAACCAAAUCAGGUGUCUGUGUCAGAGGGGGGCAAAGGUCAAGGUCGUGCCAUGGGACUACAAGAUCUCUAGUGAUGAGUAUGAUGGGUUGUUCAUCAGUAAUGGCCCAGGAGACCCCCAGAUGUGUAAGGCAACCAUCGAAAGCUUGAGGAGAGUGGUCAAGGAAGAGAAAUACAAGCCCAUAUUUGGUAUCUGUCUGGGUCACCAACUCCUGUCCUUGGCCAUUGGGGCCAAAACAUUUAAAAUGAGGUAUGGAAAUAGGGGACAUAACUUGCCAUGUACCUACGACGACACGAUACGCUGCUACAUUACGACACAAAACCACGGAUUUGCAGUGGAUGGAGGUACUCUUCCAGAAGGUUGGAGUAGUCUGUUCAUCAAUGCCAACGACAAGACCAAUGAAGGCAUUGUACAUGACACAAAGCCAUUCUUUAGUACGCAGUUUCAUCCAGAACACAUGGGAGGGCCGAGGGAUCUGGAGUGCCUGUUUGAUGUUUUCCUAAAUCAAGUUAUUCUGCAUAAAAGAGGACAGAACAGUCCCACAGUGAAAGAGAAGCUGUAUAUGACUUUACAGACUCCUGUUCAUGUACCCCCUGUGUCAUCUGACCGCCCCAGGAAAGUCCUGAUCCUGGGCUCCGGAGGCCUGUCUAUCGGUCAAGCGGGAGAGUUUGACUACUCUGGCUCCCAGGCAGUGAAAGCCCUGAAGGAAGAGGGGAUACAGACCAUCCUGAUUAACCCUAAUAUUGCCACUGUUCAGACGUCAAAGGGACUGGCCGACAAGGUGUACUUCCUGCCCAUAACAACAGAGUACGUCACUCAGGUGAUUAAGAAUGAGCGUCCGGACGGAGUGCUGUUGACAUUUGGGGGACAGACGGCGUUGAACUGUGGGGUGCAACUCACAAAGACUGGGGUACUAGAGAAGUAUGCGGUCAAGGUGUUGGGGACCCAGGUAGCCUCCAUCGAAUGGACCGAAGACCGAGAGGUGUUUGCCAACAAAAUGGCGGAAAUUGGAGAAUCUGUGGCUCCAAGUGAAGCCGCCUACACAGUGGAACAGGUUGUACAAGCAGCUGAGCGACUAGGAUACCCAGUCUUGGUCAGAGCAGCGUUUGCUUUAGGGGGACUAGGAUCUGGGUUUGCAGACAACAAAGAACAGCUACUUACAUUGGCAUCAGCAGCUUUUGCUCACACAAGCCAGGUGUUAGUGGAUAAAUCUCUGAAGGGCUGGAAGGAGGUGGAAUAUGAAGUGGUCAGGGAUGCCUUUGACAACUGCAUUACAGUAUGUAACAUGGAGAAUGUGGACCCACUAGGUAUCCACACAGGUGAGUCCAUAGUGGUGGCUCCCAGUCAGACGCUGACCAACAUCGAGUACAACAUGCUGCGGACCACCGCCAUCAAGGUCAUCAGACACCUGGGGGUUGUCGGGGAAUGCAACAUACAGUACGCUCUCAAUCCAGAGUCAAAGGAGUACUUCAUCAUUGAAGUGAAUGCCCGUCUGUCUAGGAGCUCUGCCCUGGCUAGUAAAGCCACGGGUUAUCCCCUUGCUUAUGUGGCAGCCAAACUGUCCCUGGGAAUCCCCUUGCCAGUUCUGAGGAACUCUGUCACAAAUUCUGAGGAAAACUCCACGACGGCUUGUUUUGAACCAAGUUUGGACUACUGCGUGGUUAAGGUUCCUCGAUGGGAUCUCAAGAAGUUCUCCAGAGUGUCCACAAAGAUUGGCAGCUCCAUGAAGAGUGUGGGAGAAGUAAUGGCCAUUGGUCGCAGGUUUGAGGAAGCCGUACAGAAGGCCCUGCGGAUGAUGGAUCCGAGUGCAAUGGGUUUUGAUCCUUACUUUACAAAAGUAUCUGAGGGGGAAUUACGGGAGCCUACGGAUGAGAGGAUCUUUGUGCUGGCAGGGGCUCUGAAGCAGGGCUACAGUGUGGACAAACUGUAUGAGCUCACCAAGAUAGACAGGUGGUUCCUCCACAAGUUCAAGAACAUCACUGACUGUAUGUCAGGACUGGAGUGGUACAGAGAUAAGAUGGGCAGCAUUCCCAGGGCAGUGCUGCUGGAGGCCAAGAAACUGGGAUUUUGUGAUGAACAAAUUGCCAAGUCUGUUGAAAGCACAGAGUUAAUGGUACGCAAGAAGCGAAGUGAAUUAAAGAUUUGUCCAUGUGUGAAGCAGAUUGACACCGUAGCAGCCGAAUGGCCAGCUCAGACUAAUUACCUGUACCUGACGUACAACGGAUCAGAGAAUGACGUCUCCUUCCCAGGGGGCUACAUCAUGGUGAUAGGGUCGGGAGUGUACAGAAUCGGGAGCAGUGUGGAGUUUGAUUGGUGUGCUGUCAACUGUAUCAGAAGUCUGAGAGAGAUGGGGUACAAGACCAUAAUGGUGAACUACAACCCAGAGACUGUGAGUACGGACUACGACAUGUGUGACAGGCUCUACUUCGACGAGAUCUCCUUUGAGACAGUAAUGGACAUUUACAACUUAGAGAAUCCAGAGGGCAUCAUAUUGUCUGUAGGGGGACAGCUUCCCAACAACAUUGCCAUGCCUCUACACAGACAGCAGGCUCGUAUAUUGGGAACAUCACCAGAAUGCAUUGAUAAUGCAGAGAAUCGCUUCAAAUUUUCCCGUAUGUUGGAUAACAUGGGAAUCCAUCAGCCUAUGUGGAGAGAACUGUCUACUGUGCAGGCCGCUAAGGACUUCUGCAAGGAGGUGGGCUAUCCCUGCUUGGUCCGUCCAUCCUACGUUCUAAGCGGGGCGGCCAUGAAUGUGGCCCACUCUGACAAAGAUCUGGAAGAUUACUUGGGCCAGGCCAGCGCUGUGUCCAAGGAACACCCUGUCGUCAUCUCAAAAUUCAUCCUGGAGGCCAAGGAGAUAGAUGUGGAUGCGGUGGCGGCCGAUGGAGAGGUGAUCUGUAUGGCAGUGUCAGAACAUGUGGAGAACGCUGGGGUUCACUCAGGGGAUGCCACCCUAGUGACCCCACCCCAGGACCUGAAUGAAGAAACCUUGGCCAAGAUCAGGGUCAUCUGCUGCGCUAUUGGUCGGGCUCUAGAAGUGACUGGUCCAUUCAAUCUGCAGCUCAUUGCCAAGGACAACCAGCUGAAGGUCAUAGAGUGCAAUGUCAGAGUCUCCAGAUCUCUGCCGUUUGUCUCCAAGACUUUAGACCACGACUUCAUUGCCACGGCAACCAGAGUGAUAAUGGGAGAAGUGGUAGAGCCAAUCAAUGUGUUGUAUGGCUGUGGACGAGUUGGGGUCAAGGUUCCUGUAUUCUCCUUCUCACGGCUACAAGGAGCGGAUGUGUUGCUCGGUGUGGAGAUGGCUAGUACAGGAGAAGUGGCUUGCUUUGGGGAGAACAGAUAUGAAGCGUACCUAAAGGCCAUUAUCAGUACAGGGUUCAAGAUUCCUAAGAAAAACAUUCUCCUCUCCAUUGGAAGCUUCAAGGAUAAAAAGGAGUUACUGCCCUCCGUCAAAAGUCUACAGACCAUGGGAUACAGCUUGUAUGCCAGCAUGGGAACAGCUGAUUUCUACAAUGAGCAUGGACUGAAGGUCAAUCCUGUAGACUGGCCCUACGAGGAUACAGGGGACCACAAGAAUGGUGGGGAACAAGCGACGAUUGCCGACUACCUGUCAGACAACAUGUUUGACUUGGUCAUCAACCUGCCCCUGAGGAACUCUGGGUCCUACCGGGCAUCCUCCUUUGUCACCCAGGGAUACAAGACUCGCAGAAUGGCAGUGGACUACUCGGUGCCCCUAAUCACUGACAUCAAAUGUUCCAAGUUACUGAUUGAGUCGAUCAGGCGCCUGAAUGGAAUGGCUCCUCCCCUUAAAACGCACAUUGACUGUAUAUCGUCCAGCAGGGUCAUGAGACUGCCAGGUUUGAUUGAUGUGCAUGUCCAUGUUAGAGAGCCGGGAGCCACCCACAAAGAAGACUGGUCAAGUGCCACCUCGGCGGCCCUGGCUGGUGGUAUCACCAUGAUCCUGGCCAUGCCCAACACCAACCCCCCAACAGUGGACGAGGCAGCCCUCACUCUGACCCAAAAGUUGGCCAGACUUGGAGCUCGCUGUGACUAUGGGAUAUUCCUUGGAGCCAGCAGUGAUAACUAUACCACACUACCACUUAUCUCGCCCAAAGCUUGUGCCCUGAAGAUGUACCUAAAUGAGACCUUCACAACUCUAAAGCUGAAUGACUUAUCAGUCUGGAUGAAGCACUUUGAGCAUUGGCCAAAACACCUGCCAAUUUGUGCCCACGCAGAGGGAACACACACGGCCGCGGUGAUCUUGCUGUCAGAACUGUACAAAAGGUCCGUACACAUCUGUCACGUGGCAAGGAAAGAGGAGAUAUUGGUCAUAAAAGCAGCCAAGGAGAGAGGGUUAGCUGUAACCUGUGAAGUGGCCCCUCACCACCUGUUCUUGACCUCUGACGACCUUGAUAGGAUAGGUCAGAGUAGAGGUCAGGUCAGGCCGUGCCUGGUAACAACUGAGGAUCAAGAUACUCUGUGGGAGAACAUUGACAUCAUUGACUGCUUUGCCACAGAUCAUGCUCCCCAUGCAGUGGAGGAGAAGAACAGCGCUAAGCCCCCGCCAGGCUUCCCUGGGCUGGAGACCAUGCUGCCCCUGCUACUGACAGCUGUCCAUGAUGGGAGACUGACCAUAGAGGACUUGGUUGCCAAGCUUCAUACAAAUCCAAAAAAGAUCUUCAGUCUGCCGGAUCAGCCGGAUACGUACAUUGAGGUGGAUCUAGAACACCAUUGGACCAUACCUGAUCACAUGACCUACUCCAAAUCAAAAUGGACUCCCUUUGCAGGCAUGAAGGUGGUCGGUAAAGUCAUGAGGACUGUUCUGCGGGGAGAGGUGGCCUACAUUGAAAAUGAGAUUUUGGUUCCUAAAGGAUUUGGGUCGGAUAUCAAAAGCUAUGUCUUGCAAACUGCUGCCCCACUUGGAUCAGGGGACCAACUGCAUGUUCAGAUCCCCCCGAUCUCCUUCACUGGCUCCUCCCAACCCUCGUCUGAACCCUCCAGCCCCCGCAAACUGAUCCACACCCACCUGUCUGACCGCUCGCGCCCCCGUUUGGUGGAUCAGAGUUACGCAUUACAUGAUUUUCCUGAGACUACUAAACCAGAACCUGAAUACCGGGAGCGUGACUUAUCAGCGGGUGAUUAUGGACGACGGGACCCAGCCUUCCUUCCCCCUGUCCCUCAUGGAAUUCCGCAGCCCCCAGGGAUGCCGUAUUACACCCAGGGAGUCACAGGACAUCACAUUUUGUCUGUGAAAAGUUUCACUAAGGACCAGCUACAUUCCCUGUUUAACCUGGCCCACCAGUUCAGAGUAGCUGUGCUGAGAGACCGCCCCCUGGACUACAUCCUCAAGGGUAAGGUCAUGGCCUCCAUGUUCUUUGAGGUCAGCACAAGAACGAGCUGUUCAUUCUCCGCGGCCAUGCAGAGACUGGGGGGUAGUGUAGUCACCCUGGAGUCUUCAAUGUCGUCCCUCCAGAAAGGAGAGUCGCUCCAUGACUCUGUGAUGAUGAUGGCCGGGUAUUCAGACGUGAUUGUGAUGCGGCACCCCACCCCUGGUGUCAUGACGGAGGCUGUUAAGAUGUGUAGGAAGCCCGUGAUCAACGCCGGGGAUGGAGUGGGGGAACACCCCACACAGGCUCUGCUGGACGUGUUCACCAUACGGGAGGAAAUCGGAACCGUCAACGGCCUCACGAUUACUAUGGUUGGUGAUCUGAAAAAUGGCCGGACAGUUCACUCACUGGCGCGACUGUUGACGCAGUACAGAGUCAAUCUGUGUUACGUGUCACCAGAAUCUCUGAAAAUGCCAGAGGAUGUAAAACGAGAUGUCACAGCCAAAGGAGUAUCCCAGGCAGAGUUCACUUCUCUAGAGGACGUCUUAUCCGACACUGAUGUUUUGUACAUGACUCGUAUACAAAAGGAGAGAUUCGUCAGUGAGGAGGAGUACAAAAAGGUGUGUGGUCAGUAUGUCAUUGUACCUGAGACAAUGAGGAAGGCCAAGAAGAAGAUGGUUGUGAUGCAUCCGCUACCCCGGGUCAACGAAAUUCACCCUGAGUUAGACUCGGAUCCUCGCGCGGCGUACUUCAGACAGGCAGAGAACGGGAUGUAUGUCAGAAUGGCGUUACUGGCCCUGGUCCUGGGAAAGUGCUGAUCAAGCUGUUCACUGGGCAUUACUUGCUUCAGUUGUAAACUUGAGUUUACUAAUCAGAAACUAAUCACCACAAAACUAACUUUUUUUUGUAUAAAAUUUACAUUUAUUGUGGAGUCAUUUCAAUUCGUGGGGUUCAAUUUUUGUGGAUUGUGAAUUGUUUGCUCAAUCACAGGAAUGUAAUUUCGUGGAUGUGUCGGUUACUGUUAAAUAACAAAGAUAACUCUUUCUAAAAUUAUUUUCAUUGAUGAUUUAAAAUUGUAGGGGAGGCUUACCCACAAAUACCACGAUAAUUGAGCCACCACGAAUUCUAAGGAUUCCACAGUAUUUUGUUCUAAACUUGUUAUUGCCUCAGCUAUAGACUGGCAUUACUUGCUUUAGUUCAACCUGAGCUUACUCACUUAAGUCACACAACUGGAGAUCUUUAGUUGAAAAGUGGCCAUUACUUGCUUUAUUAAGUCAUUUUUUGUGUUCAUCAUAUUGAAAUAUGAUUAAAUAUUUUGACCAAAGUGUAAUACACUGCUUUGUGAUUCAGGAAAAUGUCGUAAGAGACAGAAGUUGUGCUCUUGAACAAAUGUCUUAUUUUUGUGAAGACACUUGAUCAUUAUAAGUGCUAGGUAGCAAGUGCUAAUAAUUACCAUUUACAAGUCUAUAUAGAAAUAAUAUGUAUUGAAUCAUUAUAAUUUUGGAUGGUUGUUUUUGUUAUAUUUACUGUAUCUUGUAUGUUGAUAGCACAAUAAUAAUUUUGUAGUACAUUGAUGUUCUCUUUGUUUUAACGAGGUGUAUUCUAUUCCAGUCUAUUCUACUGCCAAUACGUUGUUCAUACAAUCCUAUUGUUCAUAUACUCGUAUAUGUGUUCACCAACAUGAGAUUCAUGUCCAUUUAAUCAUAUUGUUUAUCCACACCCUUAGCUGUGAAUCAUUGUUUUAAUCUUACUGCCUAUGCGUAUAAGCCUGGAAGUCAUGUACCCAAUAAAUUAUUUCCAUCUAAUUCCACUGCCUUUAUAUAUUCACAUGAAUUCCAAUUUUUGUUUUCGCCAGCAUUUCUGUAUAUGAACAAAUGUGUGUAAAUUCUGCAAAUAUAGAUGUUUAUUGUUGAGUGAAAAGAAUAUUAUACAAUGUAUGUUCAGUUUUUCUCAGGCUGUCCUAUUAUUGAGGAUGAUUGACUUUAUAUUAAAUGCCAGACAGAUAGAAAUAAAAAAACCAAAAAAAAAACUUUUUGUACAGGGCUGUCUGCCAUUCUUAAAAUGUGGGAUCAUUACUGAUCUCUCGGUUGUAAACUGUAGUUUAUCAAGUGGGAAGCAUAAACAAUUAUGGUAGUUAAAGAAUCUCAAGAUUUAUUUUUGUUUUCAAAACUUAUUUACACUUUAUAGAGCUUUGUACAAACACUUUGUUUGCUGCCAAGAAUUUUGCUUUAUGAAUAAAAUUCUAUUUUGUUGCCUA